UAACGGAGAGGUGAUUGAAGUGGUAGUAGUUUUGUUACAUUAAUAUCAAACUGUUAAUCCGUCGAAUGGUACUUAAUGAUUAAUACCGUAAAACAUUGUUAAGGCCCAUAUUCGCUUCCGUAUUACAUAUUAAACGUUACUCAAAGGGAAAUGUAUUGAUCGGAAAGCAAGUUUUCCCGGAGACAGUCAGGAUGCUUCAUGCAGGGACCUCAGACGAAAUAGAAUAAAAUUCAUAUUAACGGGAAGUGUUUCCUUUUAUUCCCAUCUUACCAGUUUGUGAAUGUUAUUUUCUACUUAAAUUUUGUGUACGAAAUGUUGUUUUCCGUGCUUUUUAUUCAUAGAUAAACCACUGGUACAGUAUUGAUUACGAAAAGAAUCAGGGAAUGUAUAAAUGAAGGGAAAAUAUCAUAAAAAAGACCGCUCAAUAAUGUUAACACUUUCGGAUAGGAUUUAAUCAUAUAGCUUAAGAUAUUUUUUCGCACGCGUGCGUUUGUUGUAAAAAAAUGUGACGUUUAUUUGAGAAAGAUUUUGUUUUUUGUCUACUUUUUCUCUCUAACUGAUCGCUCUGUUAUAGUAAUUGUUAAAGUCAAUGUACAGUGUACAACGCAUAGGAUAAUAACGCGUUAUGUUUUCAUUCUAUCAAGGUUAAAGGUUGCGUAGGGAAGAUUUAUUACAUACGCAAAAUAAGAGAAAGAAAAAAUAUGAAGUUAAUACUAAGAAUGUUGGUAAUGGAAUGCAUUAGUAACAAACAAUUAUUAUUGUAUAAUUGUGACUAAGAGACUAAGUGCUAGCGCUUUUUAAACAAGUGACUUUGAUUAAUGUCGACCUGCCUGCUCCUUUCAAAAAGUACAUUUUUGCAGACGACAUUUGGCAGACGACGUUAUUAAAAGGAUACUUCUUCUAACGUAAACAUGGGAGGGUUACUAUCUUCUAAAACGAGCCGUCCAGAGAGCUCCUCUGCUGACAAGCUUCUUCCACCAGUCACGCCUACAGAUUCUAUACCACCAAGCAAAGCCACAAUGGAUGAACCCAGUAUGGCGCCAAAAGAAUACACGCGUAGAUGGUUUAUGCUGUUACUGUUUGUGGCAUAUUCGUUUAGCAAUGCGUAUCAAUGGAUUCAUCUAAACAUCAUUGGUAAUAUUAUAAUGAAAUAUUACAACGAGAGUCUCCCGGAAGACUCUUUCCAACAAGAAUCUGCGAUAGACUGGCUUUCAAUGAUUUAUAUGUUAGUUUACAUUCCCCUGAUAUUUCCUGCAACGUGGCUGCUUGACAAGAAAGGUCUGCGUUUGAAUUUGAUCUGCGGAGCGUUCCUAAACGCUUUAGGCGCUUGGAUUAAAUGCGCAUGUUUAUCAACUGACAGAUUUCCGGUUCUUAUGUUUGCCCAGACGCUUUGUGCCAUUGCUCAGAUAUUCAUUCUAGGAAUUCCAGCUCGUCUUGCAGCUGUCUGGUUUGGUCCAAACCAAGUGUCAACCGCAACUUCUAUAGGUGUCUUUGGCAAUCAGGUUGGGUGUGCAACAGGGUUUCUUAUACCUCCGUUACUUGUUCGUAAUAGCGAAUCUUUAUCUGAGAUUGGUAAAGGACUUAGUACCAUGUUUUACAUGUCAGCUGGUGUUACAACGGCACUUUUGAUUAUUAUACUGAUAGUGUUUAAAGCGAAACCCCCGACUCCCCCUAGUCAUGCACAGAUGCUCAUAGAGCAAGGAAAUAACCAGGAAAACUAUUUUACCUCACUCAGGAAUCUGUUUCAUAACUCGAAUUUUAUUUUGUUGUUCCUAACGUAUGGUAUAAAUACCGGAAGUUACUACGGCAUCGGUACGCUUCUCAACCCCGUCAUACUCCACUAUUUCCCGGGGCAUGAAGAGAACGCUGGUCAGAUAGGGCUAGAUCUUGUACUAGCUGGUAUCGUCGGUGCUAUUGUUGCUGGAAUUUGGUUGGACAAAACUAAAUCAUUCAAACCAACUACUGUAGGGAUUUAUUUCUUAUCAAUGAUAUGUAUGAUUGUAUUCACGUUUACAAUGGAUGUAGAUCUGAUCUGGGUUGUGUUUAUCACUGCGGGGGCUUUAGGAUUUUUUAUGACAGGGUACCUGCCGGUUGGGUUCGAAUUUGCGGCUGAAAUCACGUAUCCGGAAUCUGAGGGUACAUCUUCUGGUCUUUUAAAUGCGUCUGCCCAGACGUUUGGUAUUAUUGUCACCAUUGGGAUGCGCGCAUUGAUGAACCAAGUGAGCGUUUUGUCAGCAAAUAUUACCGUAUCAGGGAUUCUUCUAGUUGGAACAAUAAUGACAGCAUUCAUAAAAGCCGAUUAUAGACGUCAGGAAGCCGGUAAAAGUGCUGUGGAAUAUGUGGACCAUGACAAUAUAAAUGUGAACAUUACUGAUGAAAAUACAGGAUUGAAGAUGGCAAACAUGAAUAAAUGAUGAACCAGUUGUGUUAUUUUCAGUCAACUUUACUGGAUCUAUUUCCAUAAUCUUCUGUUAGCAUGUUUCGGUUACUUUUAUCAUUUGUGUUAUACCUCGUUACCUCGCUUUAGUUACUUUUCUUUCUUUUUUAAUUUUUCAAAUUAAAGUCAGGCUUUGUUACCUUUACUUUUUUCAUUAUAAGCUGUUUCCCGGCUUUAGUUAUUUUUAAUAUUUCUAUACAUUAUCAGAUCUUAGUUUGUUUAAUGACAUUAGCUUUUACCAUCGUAUGCAGUUUUAGUGCGCUUUGGUUACUUUUAUAUCUUUCUGUAUCAGAUGUAAGUCUAAUUUAGUUACUUAAAUUAAUUCCUUAAAAGUGUGCUUUAGUUACUUUUACUGUUUUUGUGAUCUGAUAUAUCCGUGCUUUAGUUACUGUUGCGCUUUAGUUACUGUUGUCGUUGUUUGUCUGAUUUACUUACUUUUUAUUAAUUUCGUUAUUAGAUGUUAUAGUCUGUUAGUUACGUUAAGAGUUUUCAUGAUCUGAUAUUUCUCCUCUUUAGUUACUAGACUCUAGUAAAUUUGUUGAAACCACUCUUAGUUUAAUUUUACUGUUCUAGUGAUCUGAUAAUUCCCCGCUUUAGUUACUUUAAUUAUUUUCGUGACAGCCUGAAUUAGUUACUUUUGUCAAGUUACCAAGUUAGUUGCAGUUUAAGUUUUUGAUUUUUGUUUGGGUUUUACGUCCCACCAACACGGAAGAGGUCAUACUUAUGGCGACUUCCCGGGUUUACUGUUUGGAUAAAACCUCAGGUGCCCCUCCGUGCACUAUUUCACACUUGAAUCGACACAGGAGUUGAACCACCGACGUUCCGUAAGCUAGCUGGCUAGAUUCUUCACAUGAAAGGAUCUGACUUCUCUUGUGGGAUUCGAACCCACAGCGGUGAGGAGCAAGUGUUAGAAGUCAUCGACCUUAACCACUCGGCAACGGAUGUCCCAUUAAGUUUUUGAUUAUACCUAAGGAAGUUAUAUGAUCUAGAAAUAAACAAGCAUGCUUUAUCAUA